AUGUUCAUUUUACUCGCUAUCUUUGUCGCUUUCAUUUUAUUUCUGGUUUUUAUUGAGUAUCGUAGAGUUACGUUCAACAGAAAGUUCAAACAUGUGCCGGGUAUUGAGGAAUAUCCCAUUAUUGGAAGUCCGUUUAUGUUCUUGACGAAACUUUUGAGUGACUUUGAAAAAGGCGUGGAAUUGGUGUGCUCAAAGCCUAUAAAUAAAGGAACGUAUGCCGGAAUUCACGCUUUUACGGUCUACGAUCCAGAUGUUUCACGGCAAAUUUUGAUGAAUCCAAAUUUUAUUGAUCGUCCUUAUUUUUUCAAGUUUGGAGAACUUCCGUGGGGAUUGUUGACAUCAAAUGAUGAUCAUUGGCACAAAGUUAAAAAAGUGAUGAGUCCCAGCUUCAAUCAAGUUUCGGUCAAUUACAAUACUCCAAUCUUCCAAAAGUACUCAAAAUUAAUUUGUGACGAGCUUGCCAAACAUCUUGAUGCUGAAGAAUUCGACGUAGCACCUCUUUUAUUAAAAUUUGUGAUUCCCCAGUUGAUUGAGACGCAAUUCGAUGUGAACGAUUACAAAGCCACAAAAGAAGAUUUGGAGAUUUUACCGGUUUUUUCGGAGACGAUGACUUUUCGAGGCAUCAAUCCGUUUUAUUAUUUGGAUAUAAUUUUCAGAUUUACAAAUUUAUAUCAACUAAGUCGCAAAUGGCAUUCGUACUCUGAGAGCUUAUUAACUCCAAUAAUCGAUGCCAAACGCGCUGCUUUGUCCAAACAGGAGAAUUUGGGUCGUGGAAACCGGAGAUAUUUCAUUUACGACUUUUUAAAGUCAGAUUUGCCAUCAGAAGCUGUCAUGCAUAACGCAAAACUGAUCAUCCCAUCGGGCUUUGAAUCUACCGUUGUUGCACUCGGACACACUCUCUUGCUGCUCGCAAUGCAUCCCGAAGUCGACAAAAAACUUUACGCGGAAAUUCAAGAGUUUUGUCACGAUGGCGUCGAAAUUGACCACAAAUUGCUCAAAGAAAUGGAAUAUUUGGACAUGGUUUUCAAGGAAGUGCUUCGAUUAUUUCCCUCUGUGCCGGGCACUGUUCGUAGCACGAUGAAAGACACUUUUAUCGAGGGAAUCGGUGUCAUUCCAAAGAGGACGGUGAUGGUUGUCUCAGCACUCAGUAUGCACCGAGAUCCAAAUUUGUGGGGUCCGAAAGCGCAUUUGUUCGAUCCGGAUCACUUUUUGCCGGAAAAUGUCGCCAAAAGACAUCCGCAUUGUUAUAUUCCGUUUAGUACGGGACCGAGGAAUUGCGUUGGAAUUCAUUACGCAAAUCUUAAUAUUAAAUUGCUGUUGGUGCGAAUUUUGUCUAAAUAUCGUUUCACAACGAGUUUAAAAUUUGAGGACUUGACGUUGCGAUUUCAGUUAAUUAUUAGGUUGAAUUGUCCAUAUUUGUUAAAGGUUCAUAAAAGAUGAUUUCGAAUUUUGAAAUGUUUAAAAAAAGAAAAUUAUUUUUGUUUAAAUUUUCGAAAAAAUAAAAUAAAUAAUCUUCAAAAAAGAUCAAUUUAG